AUAAUCUCUCUAUUAGCCUGUUAGCAGCUAGCAACACAGCACAACUUCCUCCUGCCCUCACCGGGCUAAUAUGAGUCUGAACAUGGGAUACUAAUAUCAUUUAUGAGCCUCACAGACACGAACGCGGAUUCUUCGAUGCAGACAUUUAUCUAACCAAUGGACUCUGAGUGUGAGACUGGGUGACAUUAUCAUCAUGCCAUCAGCGAAGGUGCUGAAGAGUGCCCAGUACAUUGAAUUGGGCAGUUACAAGUAUUGGCCAGUUCUGGUGCCCAGAGGAAUCCGCCUGUACACUUACGAGCAGGUGCCGGGAUUCCUACGGGAAAAUCCUUAUAUCACUGAUGGCUACAGAGCCUAUUUGACCUCUAGACUGUGCAUUAAAAGCCUUUUCAUUCUGUCCAAUGAGACGGUAAACAUCUGGAGUCAUCUGUUGGGGUUCUUCCUGUUCUUCACACUGGGCGUUUAUGACUUGUUGGCGGUGCUGCCUAUGUUAGGAGCGUCCAGAGAGGACUAUGUCAUCUACUCCAUAGGCCUCUUCUGCUUUCAGGUGUGCAUGCUGUGUUCUGUUGGCUAUCACCUGUUCUGCUGCCACCGUUCCGAAAAAAACAGCCGCCGCUGGAUGGCACUGGAUUAUGGCGGGAUCUCAAUCGGAAUCAUAGGCUGUUAUGUUCCAGGAGUGUUCUACGCGUUCUACUGUAAUAACUACUGGCGGCAGGUGUACCUGGUAACCGUUCUGGCCAUGAUGUUGGCAGUGUUCUUUGCCCAGAUCCACCCUCAUUACUUGACCAAGAAGUGGCAGAAGCUUCGCUCUGUUAUAUUCUGUGCUGUGGCGGGAUAUGGCCUAAUCCCCACCUUUCAUUGGAUCUGGCUCAGUGGGGGUUUCAGCUCAGACAUAGUCCAGGAAUUUGUUCCCAGAGUGCUGAUAAUGUAUGUACUUGCUGUAGCUGCUAUCAUCUUCUACAUGUCCAAAGUUCCAGAGCGUUAUUUCCCAGGUCAGCUGAACUACUUGGGCUCCAGCCAUCAGGUCUGGCACAUAUUGGUGGUGCUCAUGUUCUACUGGUGGCAUCAGUCUGCACUUUUCAUAACCAAUUAUCGUCACUCUCACCCUUGCCCGGACCACCCUCUUCAUUCCUAGAGUUAUGGGAUCGAGGGGACUUGUAUACCUUUUUAAAUUACAAUUACCUUUGUACACCACUGAGGACUUGUAUAGCUUUUUAAAUUAUCGUUAAGCUUAAACACAUUGGAUUUUUUUUUUGUCAUCUAUUUUGAAACUUUUAUACAUUUUGUAAAUUGAUGUUUCAGUUUAAAUAUAAAUUAAAGGCACUUGAUGAGGUAAGCAGUUAGGCAUUUAAAAGCACUUUUAAAAAUCAAGGUGAGCACCAUUUCAGUGGGUCUGCGUGCAUUUCUACAUUUAUAGAAAUCUACUUGUUGGGUAACAUGCAGGUUAUGUGGGCAAUAAAUCUGUUACAUACGAAUAGUUAAACAUUCAGUAUUAUAUUAUUAUCUGUCUGUUCAAUACUAUUUUGGUGUUUUCUUUUUGUAUUUGCACCUAAAAUUCAAUGAUUCAUAAGCUUACAUUUCGAUUUAUGUUGGGUUUGUGCGAACAUGAAUUUUUAAUGUUUUUUUUUCAAACUUACAUUAUAUAAUAGUUUAAAUGAGACUUAAACCAUAUAGUCUCAUUUAUAACAUCGAAUAAACCAAAGAGAUUUGAUAGGGCUUGUUCAGUGAAUUGUUCAGAGAUUGGUGAAAUAAACAAAUGUCUUGCAUAAGUGGAAAAUAUAUUUUGCGGGUUGCUGCACAGCAUUGCCAUGUUGCAAAUACACACAUCAGCAUUUUUUCUUUUGAUAUAGACAGAUGACUCCUUGUUUACCAUUUGUUUUUGCUUUGUUACCAACAAUGGCAAUUUAAAAUUUCUUCCAUGCAACUAAUGCAAUGAACACACCAGUCUGUAUAUUGCAUUUCAUCAGGUUGUAGUCUCAGUUGAGUUAUCAAGUCAAAGUUAGGACUGUAAUGUGAAAUAGAGCUACAUGUUUUCAGUUCAUUUUCUGCCUUACAACAGUGAACUGUACAGCUGUACAACUGCAUUUUUUAAACAGCACAAUGUGUAUUUUUAGUGCUUAAUGGUGAUGUGCUGUUAUUUUUGUGAGCUGUUAUUGAAUCAUGAUGCUGCAUUAAGUAACACUAUUAAAAUUUUUUACCACAUGUUGGUAAUAUGUUGGGAUAUGCGUUCUUCAGUACAGAUGAAUAAACAUUCACGUUGUCAUUUUCAACUGAAGUUUUAAUGACAGUUCUUUUAAUGACAAUAUCUGACAAAACAAGGACUAAUGAUCUCCCAAAAAAAAACAUAUUGCAUUGUUAGAGCAUAGUACUACAUAAGAAAAAGAACAAAUCUUGCAACGUUUGAAACAAAAAGAAGCAUUUUUUUUGGUUUUGAAUGUUCAAACUGCAGAUUUUCAGUGAAUGUAAAUGCAUCUUCUAAAUGGCCCUUUCAUCAGUUAAAUUGUGAUACCCUUCAUGACUACAAUUUAAAUGUUAAAAUUUGCUUCAAACAAGUGACUGAUAUAUAAAUACGCAAAAUUGUAUUGAGCACAUUCGUUAAUUCUUUUCCCUUUCCACAAGAGCUAAUUGUUCAUGAUUGUAGGUUACUGGUAAAUACAUACAGACGUACUGGAACACCUAAUCAUUGAUAACAUCAAAGAUGUUUAGUUCAAGUUGGGGAAUUAUUUCUAUGCGAGUCAUAACAAUAUUGUCUAAUAAACUGCAAGUUUAACUUCUCUUGUGUGGUCGGUUUACUAAAGGGAACAUUAAAUCAAGUCCCUUUUCAUGUAUGUAGACAUUGAAACAUAAGGCUUUAAAACAUUGAAUGCAUUUAAAAAUAUGCAUAAAAUUGUCUAUGCGAAUGACAUUAAAAUGGAGAAGGCCUACACUCAGAUGAUUCCAUUGACACAAACGGGCUACAAACAGCCAUUGUGCAUUCGAGGUACUGUUAAGCAGGGUGGGGAAUACCCAGAUAAGGCUUUAUGGUGUUUCAUGUUGGUAGAUAGGAGUUGUACCAACUCAGUGGUCAACAAUGGAGUACAAACUACA